AUGAAGACAGGCUAUGCAGCAGGGAUUCCAGAGAGUGAAUGGAUUUUCUCCAGCCUCCGUAAGAGAAAUUUGACUUUUAACACAAGCCAAAGGGACACAAUGUUUGCCCCGCAACUGAAGCGAUCCGUAGUAUUAUGGGCAUUGUUUUUCAUAUGGACAGCUACUGGACUGAGCAAGGAUGGAAGGAUGGUGUGGGAAAGAGACCACAGUUUAAGUCCUGUGAAUGAAAGCCAGCUGUUUCUGCAUGACACGUUUCCAACAAAGUUCAUCUGGGGCGUGGGGACCAGUGCAUUUCAGGUGGAGGGCACUGAGAGGAAUGAUGGAAAGGGACCCUCAAUAUGGGAACACUUCAACCCUUCACACUCCCAAGCUGACUCCAGGACAGAUAACUCCAGUGACAGCUACAACUUUCUGCAAAAAGAUUUGUCAGCUCUGGAUUUUUUGGGAGUUUCUUCUUACCAGUUUUCAAUAUCAUGGCCAAGGCUCUUUCCCACUGGGAUGGUAACAGCUGUCAAUGAAAAAGGGCUCCGUUACUACAAUCACCUCCUAGAUGCUCUAGUUCUCAGACAGAUUGAACCUGUAGUCACCCUUUACCACUGGGAUUUGCCUUUGGCACUGCAAGAGAAAUAUGGGGGCUGGGCAAAUGAAUCUCUCAUUGAUGUCUUCAACGACUAUGCCUCUUUUUGCUUCCAAGCUUUUGGGGAUCGAGUUAAGUACUGGAUUACGAUCCACAAUCCUUACUUAAUUGCUUGGCAUGGGUAUAGCACAGGUAUUCAUGCUCCUGGAGAGAUGGAGGAAAGCGCUGCCUACACAGUAGGACAUAAUCUGAUCAAGGCUCAUGCAAAAGUUUGGCACAACUAUGACAAGCAUUUCCGGCCACAUCAGAAAGGAUUUUUGUCAAUCACGUUAGGAUCCCACUGGAUUGAACCAAACAGAUUCAACAACCAGUUAGACAUUACAAAAUGUCAACAGUCCAUGCAGAGAGUGCUUGGGUGGUUUGCCAAGCCAAUACAUGGGAAUGGAGAUUACCCAGAAGAGCUGAAGGCUGAACUUGCCUCUAUCUUGCCAAAUGCUACCCAGACAGAGAGGAAUUAUAUAAAAGGGACUGCUGACUUCUUUGCAUUUUCCUUUGGCCCUCAUAAUUUUAUACCAACGAACACAAAAUUUAAAAUGGGGCAAAAUUUCUCACUCAACCUGCGUGGAGUAUUGAACUGGAUUAAACUGGAAUACGACAAUCCAAGAAUCCUGAUUACAGAAAAUGGGUGGUUCAGCCAGAGCCCUGUAACGUCAGAAGACACCACCAUUAUCUACAUGAUGAAGAAAUUUAUUAAUAAGGUCUUACAAGCUAUUAAGUAUGAUGAAAUUGAUGUGUUUGGUUACACGGCUUGGUCCCUCAUGGAUGGAUUUGAAUGGCAUCAUGAUUAUGAUAUCAGACGCGGAUUGUUUUAUAUCGAUUUCAACAGCAAAGAAAAAGAGUGGAUUCCCAAGUCAUCUGCAUUUUAUUAUAAGCAAAUUGUAAAGGAAAAUGGCUUUCCAAUGAAGGAAUCUAUCCCAAUUUUGCAUGGUCAGUUUCCCUGUGAUUUCUCCUGGGGUAUGACUGAAUCAGUUAUUAAGGCAGAAACUGUUGCUUCUUCUCCACAGUUCUGUGACCCUAACCUUUAUCUCUGGAACAUUACUGGAGAUGGUCUUUUCCAUCAGGUGAAAGGAGUGAAACUGAAAACUCGACCAGCCCAAUGUACAGAUUUUGUCAGCAUUAAAACACAGCUUGAGCUGCUCUCGAAAAUUAAAAUCACCCAUUAUAGAUUUGCACUCAGUUGGUCAUUGCUUCUACCCAGUGGUGAAUUGUCAUCCAUAAACAGGCAAGUUCUUCGAUACUAUCGAUGUGUGAUUCGUGAGAUGCUCAAACUCAGAGUCCAACCAGUCAUCACCUUAUAUUACCCAACUCACCGCUCUUUGGGCCUGCCUAGUCCUUUACUUCAUAAUGGCGGAUGGUUAAAUCAGUCCACUGUCCAGGCAUUUAGAAACUAUGCAGAAAUAUGUUUUCAGGAACUUGGGGACUUGGUUCAAUUCUGGAUCACAAUAAAUGAACCCAACCGACUCAGUGAUAUUUAUAGCAGCAGCAGUAAAGAUACCUACCAGGCAGCUCACAAUUUAUUGAUAGCACAUGCCUUGGCUUGGCAUGUGUAUGAUAAACAAUAUCGGUCCUUUCAGCAUGGUCUAGUGUCUUUGUCUCUGCAUUCUGAUUGGGCAGAGCCUGCCAAUCCCUUUGUUGACACACACAGGAAAGCAGCUGAAAGAUUCCUUCAGUUUGAAGUAGCUUGGUUUUCAGAUCCAAUUUUCAAGACGGGGGACUAUCCAGUUGCCAUGAGAGAAUAUAUCAACUAUAAGAAUAGCAAAGGCCUCUCUAAUUCGUCUUUGCCAUAUUUCACAGAUGAAGAAAAUAAACUUGUAAAAGGUGCCGCUGAUUUUUAUGCACUGAAUCACUUCACCACAAGAUAUAUAAUGCACGAAUCUAGAAAUGGAAGUAGGUAUGAAUUUGACCAGGAUGUUCAAUUUCUACAAGAUCGCACCUGCCUAAGUUCCCCAUCUCGCUCAGCAAUAGUGCCCUGGGGGCUACGCAAAAAUCUAAACUGGAUUAAAAAGCAUUAUGGCAACAUAGAUAUCUACGUCACAGCAAGUGGGAUAGAUGAUCAUUCAAAUAACGAUGUACUUCGUAAAUACUAUCUUGAAAAGUAUGUACAGGAAGCCUUAAAAGCUUACCAUAUUGACAAAGUCAACGUUAGAGGCUACUUUGCAUUUAAAUUGACUGAUGAACAAUCCAAACCAAGAUUUGGAUUCUUCUCCUCUGAACCAAAAGCCAAGCCUUCUGUCCAGUUCUACAACCAGCUGAUCAGCAACAGUGGCUUUCCCUUGGAGCCUACAAAUAAUGUGUGUGGUCAACCAAGAGAAAAAGCAACGUGUACUCUUUGCUUAUUUCUAGUGCAGAAAAAGCCUUUAAUAUUCUUUGGAUGCUGCCUUUUCACUACUCUAAUCUUAUUUUUAAGUAUUAUAAUAUUUCACAAAAGGAAAAGGAGAAAAUGGCAUCGGUCAAAAAAUUCCCAGGUCAGUGUUCCUGUUAAAACGAGAUACAAGAAUGUUCUCAACCAAAUAUAG